AAAUCGAUAUUCGUACGAGGCACAGGCGCUCACUUCGUUACGGAUCGGCCAACUUUCCUCGAAUCGUCCGUUGAGUUUGUCGUCCGUUUGACAAAUCUGCUAAAUUCUGCGGUCUCGGGAAUAAUUUUCGCCGAGAAAGGGUUACGUUUAUUGAAAAUAUUGUGAUGUUAUAAAGAGUCUUCUACAUGUGAAGAAAGUGCAGAGAAAAAAAAUGACAUUAUUUUCAUUUAUGAAUAAAAGCUUAGGUAUAGUUUAACGACGAAUUAAUUUAAUACAAUCCAAAUCAAUUUGGAGAAAUUUUUCAGUCAAAAAAAUGGCAGAAAGUUAACGUCAAAUUUCGAGAAUGAAUAAGAAAGUCACGUCGUUGAAAGAUGGGAACGUGGAAAUUUCUAGAGGCUCUCACGAUUCGAAUGAUCCUUCAAAGGAGGUGGAAGGGAAACCCGUGUUUCGCAAGUAUCGCACGAAGCAUAUGAAGCUAUUUCCGGAAUUAUAUCGAAGCGAUGUUUCAAUUCAUCCCAGUUACACCGACUUAAAAAUCUUGCCUUACCAUGUGGUCUGCAGGCAUCGCGUGCAAAGGAUUAAGCGACAGUCAUUUCGGCAGCUGAAUCGCGAGAUCGCGCAUUUCGCUAUGGUCCAGAUGUUUGCUCUUGAUGGUGUGAGAGUCGAUCGCGUCUUCAGCGUCGGUAUGUCGCCGAAGAUGUUAAUCGUGCCAGACCCGUUGACAGAGAAAGAGAGACGCCGGCUGAACGAGCUCAUUCGAAAUCAUUAAGAAAAAAUUUCGUAUAAUUUUGGUAGAAAUAAAGUGUUUUAUAUGUUCUACUAAUUAUUA